AUGAAAAACCCCUUAUUAUCAUUGUAUUUAUUAUUUACUCUCCCUAUUCUCACUCAAUCUCAAAAUGGAAUCGAAGACGAAGUUGUGGAAUUCAAUGAAAUUGCUCCUGGAGCAACAAUCUCUCCAACCACAAUGAUACCCCCUCCAGAUCCAUUUGGAGAUGUGGUUAAUGAACAAAGUUUGGAUGAGAAAUUGGAUGAAUUGGAUGCAGAAUCACAGGAAAUUGUGAUCGAUUAUGUGAGAAAUGGAAGAAAGUUUUAUGGAGAUUUGCGACGUCGUCUAAUCCUCUAUGUGAUGAAGUUCUCACCAGUUCAAACGGCGGUCGAGUUGUCAGGAAAUGAAGAUCAAAUCCAAAAAAUUGAAAAAAUCAAGUACCGCUUCAGAACUGGGCUCAAAUUAAAUUAUUCUUCGUUGAAAUCGAGAAUCGAUCGCCUCGUUGCUCAUCUUCUGGCCCCAAUCUUUGCUCCAUUUAUGCUCAUUCAACCAGAAGAGAUCCGCCCCCUAUUCGCUGCUCAACAACCAAUACAAAAAGAGCCCGUGACAGUGCCUCCACAAGAAAUCAGUCAACCUCAAAGCAGUUUCACAGCUCUCGAAAUCUUCCCGUCGUCUCUUCCACAGGAUAAAUGGGCUCAAUUCGAUCAGAGAUGGAUGAAUGUUCAACCGAAUCAGUUUUCUGUUCCCUCAUUUACUCCAUUUUAUCAACCAUUCCAGUACUAUCGUUCUUAUUAG